GAAGAAUAUUAAACUUCUUAAAUAAUUCCCUACAAGAAACUGCCAUUAAAAAAACCAAGAAUAAGUCCUGCAUAACAGAAACAUACGUGUUCCCGUGUGUUAUAUAUGUGUCUUGGCCAUUUUAGGCACUAAGAUGAUGUAUGAUUGUCCUAGCAUUCUUUGUAUUUGAUUAAAAACUUUUCUGGCCAGGGUGGUUAUAAGUGUUAAGUCCAGGUUCACUUGUUUAUCGUGUAAGAAAUCACACUGCAGAAGUCUUGAUAAAUGUUCGUAAUUACAGGCAAAAGAGAGGAAACAACUGUUGAGAUGUUGAGAAUACCAGGAACUGCAGGACACUCCGUGUUUCGUCACAUUUUUUCUGAAAUGGUGAAUCAUCAGAAGAAUGGUUUGUCCCUUCUCCGGGUAUCUGCAUGUUAUCCACAGAUGGCAUUGAGACCUGCGUCAACUCAGCAUGAUCUCCCUCGUCACCCAGUUCCACCUCUUAAGGAUACAUUGGCCAAAUUUGUCAGGUCUGUGAAACCACUUUUAUCAUCAUCAGAGCUCUCUACUACAGAACGCCUUGUGAAAGAUUUUAGCGAAGGAGAUGGACAGAAGCUUCAAAAAAUUUUAGAAAACAGAGCCAAGAGUAUGGACAGCUGGAUAGCUGACUGGUGGCUUACUGCAGCAUACUUGUCAUACCGCCUACCUGUAGUGGUUCAUUCAAACCCUGCACUUGUAUUUCCACGUCAGUUAUUCCAAACACAAGAAGAGUUUCUUACAUAUGCUGCUAAACUCACUUUUGCAGCCCUUAACUACAAAUCAGACAUUGAUAAUGAUAAAAUACCUAUUGAGAAGAUGGGUAAGGAACCACUGGACAUGACUCAGUACAAGAGGGUAUAUGGCACAUGCCGAAUUCCAGCCCCAAACUGUGAUAAAAUGCAUUUCAGUGAUCCAUCGUGCCCAGUGCGGCAUAUUGUAGUUGCACACAACAAUCAUUUUUUCAAGAUUAAUGUUUAUGAGAACAAUGGUAAUAUUCUAAGCCCUGUUAAGCUGCUUGGGCAAUUGGAAGCAGUGGUGGCAGCUUCUCAAACACCAGUGGAACCUGUUGGAAUUCUGACUAGUGAGCACCGGGAUACCUGGGCAGAAGUGUACAGUGACUUAGUGAAAGAUGAAACAAACUGGAAGAGUGUAGAAGCUAUUCAGACUUCUCUGUUUCUUCUUUGUCUUGAUGGACCUGCUUCGCACCUUAGUGCACCAAAUGUUGCUACUUUGGCUGCACUGAAAAUAGUACAUGGGGGAGGUAACAAAGGAAGUUCUGGAAAUCGCUGGUUUGACAAAACAAUUGAGAUCGUGGUUGGUCGUGAAGGAGAAGUUGGAAUUGUAGUGGAGCAUAGCCCUGCUGAGGCAGUGCCAGUUGCUAUGCUUAUGAACUAUUGCUUGGAUUUCCUAGAGAAGAUUCCAAAGAGCAAGCUUGGAGAAAAUGUUUCAGCUUUUCCAGAACCAGAGAAAUUGGAAUUCAAUGUUAGCCCAAAUAUUAGGAAUGCUAUUAAAGUGGCUGAGCACAAUCUGGACAAGUUGAUUGAGGACACUGACUUCUUGUCAUGUACAUAUCUUGGAUAUGGAAAGAAUUUAAUCAAAGAAUUUAAAGUGAGUCCUGACAGUUAUAUCCAGAUGGCACUUCAGUUAGCAUAUUACAGACUUCAUAAUGAACCAGCAGCCCACUGUUCAAUAGAGUCCGUUCAUUUUGCCAAGACAAUGCUCAAUCCUAAUAGUUCAUAUGAAGAUAAAAAACAGGCUCUCUUGGCUGCUGUUAAAAGUCAUAAAGACUAUGCUACACAGGCUGCAUUUGGGCUAGGUGUAGACAGACAUCUGCUAGGACUGAAGCUUGCGGCAAUUGAAAAUGGAAUACAGAUGCAUCCUCUUUAUAAAGAUCCAUCAUAUGUACGUAGCACACAUUUCAAAAUAACAAGCAGCCAGGUUGCUGGGAAAGGUAAUUCAGUGAUGUGUUAUGGUCCAGUGGUUCCUGAUGGCUAUGCUUCAUGCUACAAUCCAUUGGGAAACACAAUUAACUUUGGUUUAUCAGCUUUCAAAUUAGGCCAUGGCACUGAUGUAAAGGCCUUCCAUGAUGCCCUGAUGGCUUCAUUUGAUGACAUGGAGAAAGUGAUGGCUGUUGGUCACCAAACUAAAGCCAAGUUGUAAUUUGUAAGCCAUUAUAGUAUGUACAAUUUUAUCAUAAUGGUUAUUAACUGAGUGGAGCUGGUGAAUCUGUACUAGUCAGGUAAUAUCAGUUUGUCUGGAUAUACAGUAUUUUAUAGUAAUGCUUUUGCUUUGUGCCUUCUUUAAUCGAAUGUGUCAACAAGUGACAAGCAGAAUAUUGUUUUCUCUCAGGUUUCCAGCACAGUAAAACAGUUCCUAUUGUUUGAGGAUGAAAUUAGAGAAAGGAUGGACCAUUGAUAUGUUAGCACAUAAGAAAAUGCUGUAAUAUUACUGACACAUCAGUUGUUUGAUAUACUGGAAAAUGUGGAGGUACUUUAAAGAACAAAGUUAUGUCUGAAGUUUUCCAUUUUGAUGGAAUUUCUCUAUUUUUAUUGUCAAUGUCCUUAAGGGUUAACUUGAGCCAAAAUUAUUGCAAUACUUAUGCUUUUUUUAUCUGAUAAUAUUUUGUGAAAUGGAAUUUAAUGAAUUUUGAAGUCUGAAGUUCAUAAUGAAUGCAACUAGAUAAGAUUAAUUGUCUUUGUAAUGUUAACAGUGUUUUUCUUGUUACUUUUAAUUAUAUUUACUCGCUUUCUAUUAAUAAGGAAAUAUCUCCAUUCAGUUGAAAGACCUUACAUUUCCAUUGUAUGUAUUCAUAAUCACAAUGAUCAUAUAUUAUAACCUGGUGCCUUCAAUGCAAAUUAAUGAUAGAAAUCUGUGAUAUUUAACAUGUUAAACUGAAGAAUCAAUGUAUAUUCUUUGGUUGGCAUAUAUUUUGUCUAAACAAGGCUGGUUAAGUCUGAUAUCCAUGGCAUUUGUGGAAGAAUAUUUCUUUAAUAUAGUGUAUUUGACUUCUUAUGUGAGAUUUGCUGCUGGAGAGUGACAAGAGUUUUAGGUCUGUUAUAAAAGAAUCCAGUUGUUGCCAUGGCAUUAUUAAAUAUGGAUUGAAUAUGCUGGUUUUUAUCAUUGCAUGGGCAUAUAGAUAUAUGCACAGAAAAAUCAAACACUGUAUGUACAAACUGAAUUUUAUUUGUUUCAUAAUUGAUGCAUUUGUAAUACUUGGUUUAUGUAAGUUCUGUCACUUCUUGUAAUAAUUUCAUGGUUGAAUAUUGUGCAUGUGUUUUGUCAGUAUGUCACAUUAAUAUAUAUUGAGUAUGCAGAUAAGUGUUUAUCUUAUAUAGCAAAUAUAAUUUCAAAGUUUCCUAGUUUGUA